AUGGCGCGGAAGACCCAGGAAGAGUAUGAGAGGGCCCUGCUGAAGCUCCGAGAUGUGCUCACUGGUAAAGGGUUAUUCCAGAUCAUAUCUACUUUGUACAUAAUUACUGAUUAUGAACUCGGCAUGCGUCAGGCCAUUCUGAGGGUAUGGGAAAUAGAUCCGGAAAGGUUGAGAGGCUGUUUGUUCCAUUUGUCCAAAUCGUGGAUACGUGCAUACCAGAGUGAAGGUUUGGCUUCUGAGUACUGGGCCUCUGAGAAUGUCCGUACACCUACUGGGAGGUGGCUCCGAAGUGUGAUUGGAUUACCGUGCCUAUCAGUUGAAGAAUGCAAGCUGGCCUGGGCAGAUAUGAAGGAGCGCAAACCACAGGGCGAGAAGAUAGCGAAGCUUGUUUUGUAUCUGGACUCCCACUACAUGACCGACACCUCAACAUUUCCGGUGAGCCAGUGGGCAAGCGAGCCUGUCGAAGAUGUUCCUCCCCAGCGGACAACCAAUCCCCUGGAAGGUUACAACCAGUUCCUAGGGAAUGGAAUAACGGCUCGCUCUACUUUCAAGACUUUCGGUAACAAGAUUCUGUCUCUACAGAUGAAGGCUGAGUUGAGGCUGAACUCGAUAGACGCUGGUGAAGCAGCAAGACCGACUAGGAGUAAGGAAGAGCAGCGGUUGAGGCAUUACCAAGCCUACAGGGGGGGACGAUCUCACGGGAUCAAUAUCUGCAGCUGGUCGCCGGUUUAUGUGGGGUUCGGCAGCGGAUGUGAUGGUGCAUUUUUGGUUGAGCCUCACCUGUUGAAGCUCAGCUGCCGAUGUCUGAAUUUCUAA